AUGUCGGGACGGUCAGCAGGUCUCCAAGCCGGCAAUUCUCCGUCUUCAAUAAAUACUGCGAACCUUGACUGGCUGGCUGCCCAAGCAGCGUCGUCUCCGACCACGAUUGGCUCGGACCUAUGGCUCCUUUUCCAAAACGACCUCAACUGGCCGACGGUCGCUGAGCAUGAAAGCUCUAUCCUUCUCAGUCCACACACCCACUCCGAUGCCCUAGCUGCCUGCGCGAAACUAAACGAGGGUCUAACACCAAUAAAUGGGUCGUUCUUCACUGCGGACAUCUCCAAACUGUUGACCUACGCGAGUUUGGAGACGGGAAACCCGCUUUCGCAGCAUUAUUGGGUUGACGGAAGUCGACAGUGUACCGCAAUCAGCGUAGCCGGCCGUUCGGCGCUCCCAUGUGCCACGAAGCUCCCUACGCUUUGCGCAAACUCUGCACCGAACAAAGUCUCGGGCCAGACAGACCUCAGUCCGACAUGGCAAGUCCAGGUUAAUGCAGGCAAACUUACAGCUACUGGGACGCGCGACCAUCUGUCAUUCCGAUUUCUCGGAAUUCCGUAUGCAGACAAGCCGGAGAGAUGGACGUACUCGUCCCUUUACACUGGCCCGCCUCAAAUUUCUGCACUCAAAUUCGGCUCCCCGUGUUCGCAGACUGGCAAUCCCCCUACUGGAGCAGAGGACUGCUUAUUCCUCAACGUCUUCACACCUUUUUUACCUGGACCCACUCACACUGGCAGCAAGCACAAACCAGUGAUGUUCUGGAUACAUGGAGGCGCUUUUACAAAUGGCGAAGGCUCUGACGCGAUCUUCGAUGGCGGAAACCUGGCUAGUCGGGCCGAUGUUGUCGUGGUCACGUUCAAUUAUCGUCUUGGUGCUCUUGGAUUCCUCGCUCUCAAUGAUGGAGUAACGAAUGGAAACUUUGGCUUAGGAGACCAGAUCACGGCGCUGCAUUGGGUGCAGGAGCAUAUUUCCUCAUUCGGUGGUGAUCCUACUAGGGUGACUAUCCUUGGCCAAUCAGCUGGAGCUGGCUCUGUUCGUGCCCUGCUUGGAUCUCCGCCUGCUAUCGGGCUUUUUUCAGGCGCUAUUGCGGAGAGUAAUCUCGCUGGUUUCGCUUAUGCUCACACGUACUCUGAAUACUUCACGAUUGAACAAGAAGUCGAGACAGCCGCAGCAGCAUUCCUAAAUGACGUCCAUUGUGGCAAUGUAACGUCUGAUCAGGUCUUGGAUUGUCUGAAAGCAGUCCCAUGGCAAACGUUGCAAACUGCCGCAAACGCACCACGAUAUCCUGUUGUGGAUGGCAAAAUCCUGGUUAGAGACCGCCUGUCAGUUGAUGGCAAAGGGCCAGUCAAUUCUGCAGCCCAUGUCAUGUUCGGAUGGAUGGCUGGUGAUGGCGUGGACUUCGCUGGCAGUUAUCCAAAAAGCGGUACCACCCAACUUGCUUCAGUUCAAGGUAUCGGAAUCGCAGCAAAUUUGUCGUCGACAGCGCUCUCAUCUGGUUUAUUCCCUCGUCCGUCAACCGGCAAUGACACCCUCGAUACUUUUAAUGUCACGGGCCGCAUUGCAACUGACGGGGAAUUCUCAUGUCUUGAUCAAGCGACAGCACACUCCGCUGCUAUCCACAAAGUCUUCAAGUCGAUGUGGACAUACCAGUUCGAAAGGUCAUAUAUGGGUUACGAACCGAUACCAGGGCUCUGUGAUCCUCCUGUCACGGAAACGCACCCAUUCGGAGACCCGUCAUUGCCCUACUUCCAAUGCCAUUCGGGUGAAUUGUAUUUUACCUUCGGAACAUUGGGUCAAGACCUGCGUCCCUUCAGGGACGAAUUUGAUCUUCCAUUUGAGCAGGUUAUGGUGGACUCGUGGGCGUCCUUCGCGCGGUCAUUCAAUCCCAACCCAUCGGCGGCAUUCCUCGCUGCUCGUGGGUAUACCACAACUGCCAAGGCACUUGCUCAAUGGGGUCCGUGGAAGGAUGUAACGAGCAAAGAGCCGGUUCGCAUUUUGGCGUGGCCGAGUCGUGGAAGUGAUUGGCUUGAGCAGCCACAGUGCAACGUCCUAGGCUUCCCUCUCGACUUUUACGAAAAGCAAUAG